AUAAUGCAGCAGACCAAAGCACUGGAAUGUAUCACAACGGCGUCGCGAAUGAUCAAGUCAUGAAAACGACGCCAGAGACAUUUAGUCAAUUAAUGUACGUUUUAAAUUUUUUCUAAAAACAACUCAUGCGUAGCGGAGUACUAUGGAAAUAAACGGUAUAGAGUGUACAUGUACAGUAUAGGAGCGUCAAAAUCGCUUGAAAAAAAAGAUUUUUAAAACAAUGCAAAAGGGGAGCAAUUGAAAUUACAACUUAAGUUCAAACAAAAUGCUAUUAAUGACGAAUUCCCCAAAACGUCCCCGAGUUGUUGUUUUUUUUGGGAAAACUCACAUCUUUGGCUUUGCUCCAGCAGAAGCUUGAAGAGGCGGGGCUGUUCACAGUCAUAAGGGGGCAGUCCGUGCUUGAAAUGUAAAAAGAACUGGGACAAUUCUGAAGGUCCCCCUUCUCCGCAUCAAGUUACAGAAAGAGUCCAUUCAUUUGUGAAGCCUUGUCUCUCCAGCUCUGACGGUACUGCAAAAUGGCUCUUGUGUCCAUCCAACGGCUUUUAAUUAGCGAGAGUGUCGAUCCAUGUUGCAAACAGAUUUUGCAAGAAAAUGGAAUUGAUGUGACAGCGAAACAGAAUAUGAGCAAGGAGGAACUGAUCGCUGAAAUCAAGGACUAUGAAGGGCUGAUAGUUCGUUCGGCGACAAAAGUGACAGCAGAAGUCAUCAACGCCGCGAGCAAACUGAAGAUUAUCGGCAGGGCUGGGACUGGUGUCGACAACGUGGACGUAGACGCUGCUACUAAGAAGGGCAUUAUUGUCAUGAAUACCCCUAGCGGAAACACCAUCAGUGCUGCAGAACUCACCUGUGGGAUGGUGAUGUGUCUUUCCAGACACAUCCCACAGGCAGCUAUGUCCAUGAAAUCUGGGAACUGGGACCGUAAGAAGUUUAUGGGCUCCGAGCUGUAUGGAAAAACCCUUGGAAUUGUUGGCCUUGGAAGAAUUGGAAAGGAAGUGGCCCUUCGAAUGCAGUCUUUUGGCAUGAAGACUGUUGGCUAUGAUCCCAUCAUUCCUCCAGAAGUUACUGCAACAUUUGGAGUCGAGCAGAUGUCCCUGGAGCAGCUGUGGCCUCUUUGUGACUAUAUCACAGUGCACACACCAUUAAUGCCUUCUACCACUGGGCUCUUAAAUGACACCACCUUUGCGAGGUGCAAGAAAGGUGUGAAGGUGGUUAACUGUGCCCGCGGGGGCAUUAUUGAUGAAGGAGCCCUUUUGCGUGCCCUGGAGUCUGGCCAGUGUGGGGGUGCAGGCCUGGAUGUGUUUGUGGACGAGCCUCCUAAGGACCGGUCACUGAUAAACCAUCCCAAUGUGAUCAGCUGCCCACACCUGGGCGCCAGCACCAAGGAGGCACAGGCCCGCUGUGGGCAGGACAUCGCCGUCCAGAUUGUCGACAUGCUAGAGGGAAAGGCCUUAACUGGAGCGGUGAAUGCACAGGUGUUGGCAAGCACUUUUUCUCCAAAUUCCCAGGCGUGGAUUAAACUGGGAGAAGCCCUGGGCACCAUUUCAAAAGCUUGUACCAUGGAAAACCAAGGGCAUUGUCAAGUAAACAUCACAGCCCUAGGAGGCUCUCUGAAGACCUCUGCAGGCUAUCUAAGCUCCGCUGUUGCGAUGGGAUGGCUGAGGGAUGGUUCGAAUGGCCAUGUUAAUCUAGUCAAUGCACUGACUGUAGCCAAGGAGGCUGGUAUUAAGGUCACCAGUACUCACAGCAGUGCAGUGCCGAGUCUGAGCCGAACUGCGUGCUUAGUGGAAACAUCAGUGAAUGGUUCGUGCCACAGAGCAGUGGGCUCAGUUCAGGAGGAUAGUCCUGUUCUCCUGGAGCUGAAUGGCAGUGUAUUCAGACAGCCAGUCCCUCUUGCUGGAAACCUGCUCUUUUUCAAGGCUGUGUCCAACCCUCAGCUUAUGCCUUCUGUUGCUGGUGUGCUGGCUGCUGCCGGACUUCAGAUGGAGACGUUCAGUGCCUCCUCAUCCACUACGGGGGAGCAGUGGUGCUGUGUUGGAGUCUCAUCACUGCUCAGCGACUUGAACGUCUUGAAGCCUCAUGUGAAGGAAGUUACACAGCUAUCUGUCUAAAACCUGGGGAGCAGAUUACAACCAGCUAUGAGCAACCAGAUCCUUAAGAUGUUGCAUCAAUCAUUCCAUGGGUUUUAGAAAAGUUCUGAAGUCGUGCAUUCAAAGCAUUGAUCUGUAGUUAUUACAAUCACCUUGCUCAACUUCAGUAAGCUUUGGACACCUAUUUAUUUGUUCUUAGCAACAUUUGAAACACAUAAGCUAGCCUUUAAAUAUGAAAAUGUACGCUUUUGCUUUUGUUUUUUUUAAUUAAGUGUUAAACCAGUAAACAAUCAGAAAGUGCCUGUUGUGUUUACAGUACAUUGCAAAACAUUGGGGGUAUUUGUUUGGUAUGUAUUCAAUUUGCUCAAAACAAAUUUAAAAAUAGUUUUCUUCUAACCUUAUCGCUUAGUACUCUGCUUUUGAAAUAAAGGAUUUAAUAUUA